AUGACGAAUAUACGCCAGAAGAGCUUAGUCAAUACGAUGGUGUACGAGCUGAAAGAACCCGGUAAGGGAUACUCUGUAUUUGCGGGGAAAGAUGGGUCUCGCGGGCUGGGUAUGUCGAGCUUGAACCCCAAAGAUGCGGUAUCAGACUACUCCACGCUGAAUGAUGCACAGCUUAAGGUGUUGGAUGAUUGGGUU